GUUAUUUCGCUCCUGGAUGGGGCCAAUUCAGCCCCUCUCAUUGCCUAUCUUCACUUGAUUUUUGCCUAAAAAUUCUCACCAGAAUUAAAGGCAGCUCGCGCCUAUUAAAGUGUGAAUGGUGAGCGCAUAUACCUAUAAACAUGAAGCCGGUGGGCGGCGGUGAGCGAUCUGAAGAGCAGUUGUUCAUCGCUGCAGAUCUCGCAUGGUUGGCCUGCCCAGACAGCUGCGCUCUGUAAUUAAAGGAGAAAACUCAUCCACAUCCGUAGGUGAUACUGAUUCUUCGAACAAGACGUGCCGAUGUGAGGUAGAAAAGCAUUUCAUUGGAAUGGAGGAGGAUACAGAUCUGCUGGAAUCGCUUGUGAGAGGCGAUGAAAUUUCAGAUCGGGUGAUUUCUAUCUGCGGAAUGGAAGGUAUCGGCAAACCCACUCUUAUUACAAACACUUACAGAGGUGCGGCGCCUGCAGCAGCAGUUCCAAUGAUGGAUAAACAAGGUGGGUUUGUGAUUUCUGGCUAAAUUACGUUUGGUUUUGAAGUUUCUUUUACAACCAAAUUAUAUGUGUCAAUUUUUUUUUCUUCUCUUUAUUCGCUUAUAUGUGUGAAUAUUUGGCUGAUGUUUAGAACAAGCAUUAGUUAUGGAUGAAAAUUACAGUUAAUCCACUAAAUUAUGUAUUUAUUGUUAAGUAUAGUACAAAGAUCGAUCAGGGAAUGCAUUUAAAAUAUCAAAGAUAUAACAUUUCAUCUGUUUAGAUAACUACACUUUUUAUUCCUAUUAUUGGAGUAGUUAUGAGAAGUAGAGAGUGGAGAAUGUAUGUAAAAAUAUUGUUUAUUGUGCAUGCAUAUCUAAUUCCAACUCUAAUAGUGUGGGUGUCUACACUAGUUAUUUUUAUUAUUGGAGGAAUUAUGAGAAGUAGAAAGUGGGAGAUAUUGUGUAGAAAUAUCGAAGUUGUGUGGAUAUACUCGCUCUUUUGUUUGGAGUUGUGUGGAUACAAUUCAAGCAGGUUGACUAUCUUUAUGAAGACCGCUAUGUUGUGCGGAAUACGGUAUAAGUUGUGUGUUUUCAUGAAUGCGAAACUUCCUGAUGAUGCAACUCGUGCGCCAUUUCAUGCCAUCACUUUGCUGGAAACAUUUGAGCUUAAUUCUUUGGAAUUGGAAGAUUAUGAUAAGCACUGGUGCAAGGAUUCUCAUCUCAAGAACAAGGAUGACAUUACUUUGUUAGGUUGGAAUUAUACUGGUUUCAUGAUCUUAUGUUAGAUUUAUGUUUGUAAGAAGGAAUAGAAGAUGGGAUUUUGAUUAUAUAGCUUCAAUUUCAUCAGUAAAUCUUAAAUCGGACCUGAAAUUUGUUCCACCAUCAGCCACAAGCAAAUCGGCUGAAGAAGUUCGCACAGUUUUCUGCUAUUGUUGUAGUGUUCACUUGUACUGCAUUUAUCAUAUAUGGAAAUUUUACAAUUACAAUAUCAAAGCUAA